UCAUAUCCCACACCCGCCAUCAAUAUAAUUUACCUUAUAUACACACACACACCCCCUUAGCUUUCUUCAUCAUCACAUCAGAUCGAUCAUUCUCCGACCAUAACAUGUUUGAAGUAAAAGCUAAGGAAACUCAACACCAUAUCCGAUGAUAUAUCAUCCCAUAAUACAUACUGUCUAUUCAUUCUCCCUAGCUAUACCCUGCAUUAUAUUUCUCUCAUCUCAUCUCUUUUUAGCUUUCCCAUCUAUCAAAAUUUAAUUAAACCAUAUAUCAUGGAAGCAGAUAAUUCUGCAGAAAAUCAAGAACCCAUCAUUUGUCUCCCAUCCGCCUUAGACUAUCGGGCCAACGUGGAUACUUCACGGCCUUUCCGGUCGGUGAAAGAGGCGGUGGCGAUUUUCGGGGAGAGAUUCUUGGCCGGAGAAGUCUUUUCUCAGACCUCGCCUAAGCCUCCCUUCGCGUUCCCCAAGCAUGAAACGCCGUGCUAUUCCUCGCCGACUAGAAAAUCCGACGACGUAGUUUCGCAUUUGGUGGCCGCGGAGGAGGAGGAGACGGCGGUGGCGAACACGCUGAGGAAACUGGAGGCGGAGCUGGAGGAGACGAAGGCGGAGCUGAGGCAGCUGAGGGAGAGAGAAUCGGAGACGGAAAUCGCGCUGGCGUCCUUGAACGCCGAGCUUCACAAGAACAUGUCGAAGCUGGCUCAAGCGGAGGCGGCUUCGGCGGCUAAAGCGGCGGCGGCGGCGGAUGCAAGGUCAAUCGGCGCCGGCGCCGGCGAGAUCGUCAAGAAAGCGAGUUUGGCGGAGGUGUUGAGAGCGGGGGAAAGGAAGAAGAAGAAGCCGAUAAUUCCACUUGUGGGGGAUUUGUUUACGAGGAAGAAAGGGUCGUCGUCGCCGAUUGCCAUGAAUAAUCCUCUCUUUUCAUCUUCUCAUGCAUGGUUGAAUUGAAUUAUAUUGAUAUGAUGAAACCUCAACUCCAUGCAUGCAUGCAUGUAUUUGUGUGUGUACGUAUAUAUGCAUGCAUGCAUGAAUAAUUUAAAUACUAAAUUCGAUCAAAUUGUUUUUUUUUUAAUGAUAAUAUGUGAGGAAAACCCCAUAAUUUUGUACCAUUUGUAUUCCAAUUACCUUAUGUUAAUGUGCAUGACUUCUUAUAAUGA